AUGGAUUCGGAAGAUCAUUCAAUGGAAUUGAAAGAUUCAAUUUUCUCUGAAGAAGUAGGAGAAGAGUGUGGAUUGGGAGCACAAACCAACCAUACCUUCUCCGACGGAGCUAAUUUUCAGCUAAAUCAAAUAUUUAGCAAUAAAAAAGAACUGAAAUUGUUGUUGGAUGUAGCAGUUGUGAGAAAUUCUUUUGAUUAUACUACGUUGAAGAGCUGCGGUAAAUUUCUCAAGGUGAAAUGCGUUUGUCCUAGUUGCGCGUGGAUAUUGCGGGUGAAGAAGUAUGAAUGCACAGACAGAUUCGUCAUCUAUAAAUACGUUGGAGAUCAUAAUUGUGGCAUCGAAUACGCCACGCGCAGCCAUAGAAAAAUCACAUCUAAAGUCAUUGUACCGCUCUGUGUGAAUAUGUAUCGCGAAGGAAAGGGUCCGAACACUAUGGAGCACGAGUAUUCCUGCCUGCCGGCUUUUUCGUACAUGAUCGACGCUCUUAAUGUUGGCACUACCUAUUCUAUCAUGGUGAACAAGGUCGAUUGUAGGUUUAUGUACUACUUUUUAGCGUUAGGCCCUUGCAUUAGGGAAUUCUCCCACAUGAGAAAGGUUAUUGCGGUCGAUAACACUCAUUUAUACGGCAAGUAUGAGGGCGUGCUGCUAAGCACGGUUGCACAAGAUACGGAGAACCAUAUUUAUCCCAUUGCCUUUUGUGUCGUUGACAAGGAGAACGAUGCAUCUUGGACAUUCUUCUUUGAGAAGCUGAAGUCUAUUGUGAUCGAUGGACCAGAUUUAUGCUUUAUCUCUAAUAAGCACUAG